UCACAACUUGCAACAAUGAAAGUUCUAAUUUACCAAAUUGGUCUAUUGGCCAUAAUAUUGGCCACUGUGGAAUUAACACAGGCCAUGGACAGCAAAGAACUGGAAGAAAAGGCCAAAAAGAUUGGCGCAGAGUGCGUCAAGGAAUCGGGCAUCAGUGGCGAUGAGAGUAAUCUCAUUAUGGCCGAUGAUUUGGAAAAGAUCGAUGAGAAGAAAUUCACCGAUAAAAUGAAAUGUUACAUGUUGUGUUUCUACAAGAAGUUGGGAAUUGUCAAUGCUGAUGGCAAACCGAAUGUGGCACCCUUGAUUGCCUUCAUGGAGGAGCGUUAUGACCACAAUAAGGCUAAGGUCAAACCGGCCAUUACCAAAUGUGGCAGCAUCAAGGACGCCAAUCAAUGCGAACAGGUGUUCAAAUUUGAACGUUGCAUUGCACAGGCGAUUGAAGGCUGAGGACAGCGGCAUUAAAAGUGAAUUGAAAAUAUCGCAAGCAAUUUUAAAAUUAGAUUUUUUAGCACAUAUUAAUUAUAAUGGUAUAAUUUGGAAAAUAAUUCGGAAAUUUUUGGAAAAAC